AUGAAACCCGAAGAAGCUCGAGCAAUUCUGAAACCCUUUUACGAUACAAUAGAGAAGAACAUGAAGGAGGGGAAACUAGAAGAAAACGUCAAAUUCGUACAUCCCGAUGGUGUGGCCGUGCAGAAAGGCAAAGCAGCUUACUAUGGGCCAGAGAUCGGUGUCGCGACUGCGAAAAAUUUUCCGAAAAGAACACCAACCGAAGAAACAUCAACGAGAUCGAAUGAGGUCUACUGCGGUUGCGACUGUUGCAUAUGUGUGUCUUUUGAAGCAAGCUUUGACACACCGAAAGGACCACAAAAAGUCAUCGAACACCAGAUUUGGAAGAAACACGAUGGCAGCUGGAAGAUAUACCACAUGGAAUACGAAUUGGUCGCCUAA